CUAUGUUAAGUGCAUGAUGACAUUUGGUAUCUAAAAUGAAGCAUCAAAUCCGUUUGGUGUGUAUAUUUAUUCUUUUUCUAGCGCAAUUGGUGAUAAGCGACAAAGCAGAAGAUUGCAAUUUAGAUGCAUGCAGCCUCCCAAAUUGUCGUUGUUCAAGUGCACCAUCGCCUCUUGGUAACGACAUCGAUAAUUAUCCACAACUUAUUAGUUUAGUUUUUGACGAUGCUGUUACCGAUGAACUUUACACAAAUGUAUGGGUUCCAUUGCUUCUCGACUCGAGUCGGGUUAAUCCCGAUGGUGCCGGAAUAAGUGCCACUUUCUUUGUUCCUCAUGAAUAUACGAAUUAUAAAAGAGUCAACGAUCUGUACAAUUUUGGAAUGGAAAUCGCUGUGCAUUCUAUAACGAGAAACAUUUAUCAAGAUUAUUGGAGGACAGCUUCUGUGGAUACAUUGAUUAAAGAAUUCCAAGGCCAAAAACAUAUUAUUUCAAAAUUCGCCAACGUACCAUCAGAAGCCAUAGUGGGAGCAAGAACACCUCAACUGCAACUUGCUGGCGACAGCUCCAUACAAGCUUAUAUAACUGCUGAACUCACUUAUGACAGUUCAUGGCCUUCUUUAUCAUAUACAAGGUUAUUUCCCUACACGUUAGAUUAUUUAUCUACAGAGGCAUGUCUUUUGGGAGCCGAAUGUCCCACCUCAUCAUUUCCAGGAUUCUGGAUUCUUCCUAUCAAUGACUUGCAAUCGACAGAUGGUACACAAUGUAAUAAUUUAGCUUCCUGUAGUAUCAGUGGAAGCUCUGAAGAGAUCGCUGAUUGGUUGACCGACCAGAUAGAAAAAGUGAGAACAACUGUUAGGGCCCCAAUGACUUUGUCUAUUGAUUCAUUUUGGUUCAACUUCACUGCGAAUAGUUUCGAGGGCUUUACAAAAUUCAUGGACAGAAUGAGGGAUAAAUCGGACGUAUUUUUCGUCAGUCAAAAACAGGUAUUAGAUUUUAUGAAAAAUCCAGUACCGAUAUCAGAAUUCAACAGUGAGAACAUUCCCGAUCCAACAAAUUGUCACGAACAAAAAUGUACUUUAAAGAAAGGUAAUGAAGACAGAAACAUGGUAACUUGUGUGCCAUGUCCAACUGUUUAUCCCUGGCUCGAUGAUCCUGAUGGUAACGGUAGUUGAAAAUAAAAUAAUAAAUUCAUAAUAUUUUGUUGUUUACUGAAAAAAUAAAUAAAUAUGAAUAGAUCAA